AUGGCUAGUCAAAUUGUACAUCAUUACGAUGUUGUCUUCGAACCCGAAAGUCUUCAAAGGCCUCCCACUUCCUUCAAGGUCAUUGAUCGUCUCAUGGAUGAAUUCAGUCCAGGAAUCUUCCCUAAGAAGGUGGCUUUUGAUGGAAGGAAGAAUUUGGUGUCCCCAGGAAAGCUCAAGUUCAACGGCGGGGCCAAUGCCCAAACUUUCGUCAUUAUACUUCCUUUCAACGGAGGCUCUACUCCAGGAGCUCCUGUUCAUGUCAGGCUCACACACGUUCAAGAAAUCAACCUGGAGGCCCUGGAUAAUUUUACCUCAGGAUUCGGUUCUCAGACCUCUGAGAGCAUCACUGGGAUCACGGUAUCCAACAUCGUCCUUCGGAUGGCGGCCAAUCUACGGUACCCUCACUUCGGGAAGCACCUUUUUAUCGAAGAAUUGGGGAUGAGGUCCAUUGGAGGAGGCAUCGAGCUGUGGCGUGGACUGUUUCAAUCACUUCGCCCUGGGAUCGAGGGACUAUACCUCAAUGUGGAUCUGGCCACGGGAAUGAUGUAUAAGCGAGGAACGUUGUUGGACGUUGGGAUUGAUAUCCUCGAUAUCCAGGGAGGAAACGCAUCUCUUUUUACACCUGGUCACCUCAACUUCCGAAUUGACAAGAUCAAAGAGGUCGAGCAGUUCAUAACGGGCAUUCAGGUCACCGUUCCUACUACUGGUGAUCGGAAACGCCGAGUUUUAGGCCUCAGCACCAUCCCCGCUAAUGCAGACUUCUUCGACAAUAACGGUGUCUCAAUGAGUGUCGUGCAAUACUUCUCCGGAUUGAAUCAUUUCGUUCAAUAUCCAGGCGUAAUUUGCGCUCGAGUUGGCUCUUCAUCGACCCAUAUCCCACUUGAGCUAUGUACAGUGACUCCAGGGCAGAUCAUCAGGAAGGAAGUACCCCAAAACAAGACCGAUGCGUUCGUCAGUUUUGCGAGGCAGCGCCCUCAAUCAAGAUUCAGCCUCAUUGAGAAUGGAGCUCAGCUCGUUAUUCGCAAGGACUCCGCGUACCUAGAGGCGUUUGGGAUUGACGUCGGUGUCGGAGGUCCUGGAACUGCGGCGAACGGCUUGCUCGAGGUGGACGCGCGAAAAUUGAAGGCACCGGUCUUAACUAACGGGAGUGGCUCAUUGAACAAGAAACCAGCUGAAGGGCCUUCGUGGAAUAUGUACCAGAGGAAGGUCUACGCGGCCUGUCCCCCUAUCACUGACUGGGUUUUCAUCGUCUACGAGGUGGAUAGCCAGUUCAGCAUCGAUGACAUGCGGCAGUCGAUUCAUGGACUUAAAGAUCAGGCCAAUCGUCUGGGUAUCAGAAUGGAUGAUCCCAGGGCAAAAUACCACCUGAAUGCCGGCACCGGCAGUAUUCCUGGUCAACUGUUCCAAAAAGCAAAGGAAUUCGUCAUGACUUUCAAAAGGCGCCCUCAGCUUUUCGUCGUAGUUUUGCCUCAAGGAGGAGACGAGAUUAGGAUUGGGGUCAAACACUUUGGAAACUUUAUCAAUCCUGGAAUUGCGACGCAAUGCUUGAAGGGAUUCCAGUGUCGCGGUGCGAGACCUCAGUAUUGGGCUAAUGUCAUGAUCCAAGUAAAUGGAAAACUCGGAGGGAUCCACGCAGUUCCGAACUCAACAACGUCAGGUUCGUUGGUUGACGAAGCAAUCGCCACCAUGCUUAUCGGGGCGGACGUUACCCACCCUCCUCCGGGAGACCAAAGUAAACACAAGCCCUCUUUUGCUGCAAUUGUCUGGAGUUGGGACAGGCACUAUGCAAGAUAUCGGGCUCGAGACAGCAUUCAACGAGGUCGUGAAGAGAUCAUCCAACACAUGAAGCCUAUGGCAAAGGAGGCUUUUGAUGACUUCAAGAAGACGAACGGCAAAUAUCCUCGGCGUGUGAUUGUUCUUCGUGAUGGCGUGUCUGAGAGCCAAUUCCGAGAGGUUCAGAAGAAAGAGUUGGCCAUGAUCAAAGAAGUCUUGCGUGAUCUCAAAAUCAAGGAGAACGAUUGUAAAAUCACGUAUAUUAUUGUUGGCAAACGACACCACAUUCGAUUCAACGCUUCGGAUCCCAAAGAUCGGGACAAGUCAGGAAAUGCACCUGCAGGAACCGUGAUCGACACUGACAACAAAUUCACAGCUGACGGACUCCAGCAAGCAAUGCACGCCUUGUGCUAUGGCUACGCGAGUGCGACACGCGCCCUCUCUAUCCCCAUUCCCAUUUACUGCAAGUUUCUCGUCUAUUACUCUUGGUGA